CUAUUGACAACCUCUCCCUUUCUCAGUCGUCUGACUCGAGCUCUCUCUAGCGCUGCCAGUGGACAAUCAGACCCACACACCCACCUCUGGCUACACUCGCGUUUUUUGAACAUUUCUUAGUUCUGCUCUAAAUUUACACGGCCAGGCGAAGUCUUCUUAGCUCGAAAAAAUCUCGUCGCGACGCCUCGUGGUCCGCUAGAAGACAGAAGAGGAGAGAAGAGAGAGAAAAGACGCCAAAAAAACCCCGAGAUACAACAUGGAGUCCCCUCCAGAUCCAACAAGCGACCCGGGCAACAGCGCCUCAGAGUCGGCUACCCCGGUCAGGGAAACCCCGGUAAACCUGGAGACUCUCCGCAAAGCUGAGCACCAAGCCCCGGUCAGGAGACAGAGCUGCUCCAGCACCAACAGAGGUAUUUCAGUAACAAAGAAGACACACACUUCUCAAAUUGAAAUUAUUCCCUGCAAGAUCUGUGGAGACAAAUCAUCAGGCAUCCAUUACGGUGUGAUAACAUGUGAGGGCUGUAAGGGUUUCUUCAGGAGGAGUCAGCAGAGCAAUGCUGCGUACUCGUGCCCGCGUCAGAAGAACUGCCUGAUUGACCGUACCAGCCGAAACCGCUGCCAGCACUGCAGGCUGCAGAAGUGUCUGGCUGUGGGCAUGUCGCGGGAUGCGGUGAAGUUCGGCCGCAUGUCCAAGAAGCAGCGAGACAGCCUGUAUGCAGAGGUGCAGAAGCACCGGCUUCAGCAGCAGCAGAGGGACCACCAGCAGCAGCCUGGCGAGGCAGAGCCGCUCACCCCCACCUAUGGGCUAUCCGCCAAUGGCCUGACCGAGCUGCACGAUGAGCUUAGUGGCUACAUGGAUGGACACACGCCGGAUGGCACCAAGCCCGACUCUGGCGUCAGCAGCUUCUACCUGGACAUCCAACCCUCACCUGACCAGUCCGGCCUGGACAUCAACGGCAUCAAACCUGAGCCUAUCUGCGACUUCACACCAGGAUCAGGCUUCUUCCCCUACUGCUCCUUCACCAACGGAGAGACCUCCCCCACCGUCUCAAUGGCGGAGCUAGAGCAUCUGGCCCAGAACAUCUCCAAGUCCCACAUGGAGACGUGUCAGUAUCUGAGAGAGGAGCUGCAGCAGAUGACCUGGCAGGCCUUCCUGCAGGAGGAGAUGGAGAGCUACCAGAACAAGCCCAGAGAAGUCAUGUGGCAGUUGUGCGCCAUUAAAAUCACAGAGGCCAUCCAGUAUGUGGUGGAGUUCGCCAAGCGCAUCGACGGCUUCAUGGAGCUCUGUCAGAACGAUCAGAUUGUGCUGCUCAAAGCAGGCUCUUUGGAGGUGGUGUUUGUCAGAAUGUGCCGUGCCUUUGACCCUCAGAACAACACAGUCUAUUUCGAUGGAAAAUAUGCUGGUCCGGAUGUGUUUAAGUCAUUAGGCUGUGACGACUUGAUCAGCUCUGUCUUCGAGUUUGGGAAAAACUUGUGUUCUAUGCACCUGUCUGAGGACGAGCUCGCCCUGUUCUCGGCGUUCGUGUUGAUGUCUGCAGACCGCUCUUGGCUCCAGGAGAAGGUGAAGGUGGAGAAACUUCAGCAGAAGAUCCAACUGGCCCUACAGCAUGUCUUGCAGAAGAACCACAGAGAGGAUGGCAUACUCACAAAGUUGAUAUGCAAAGUGUCGACACUGCGAGCGCUGUGCAGCAGGCAUACAGAGAAGCUGACUGCUUUCAAAGCAAUAUACCCAGACAUUGUGCGCACCCACUUCCCUCCGUUAUACAAGGAGCUGUUUGGAUCGGACUUUGAGCAGUCCAUGCCCGUGGACGGCUAGUGGUCCCUUCGUCCUGCCCUCUGGGGGGCAAAAAACACCGUGGGGAAUGUCGAGCAUGAAUCUGAGACUUUACCAGUGCCCUGCACACACAUACAUACACAUACACACAGACACACACAACACACAGACACACACACACAUACCAGGACAGCGAACCUGCUGCACAUACAACUUUCCCGUUUUUUGUUGUUUUUCCUUUGGGAGGGCGUAAGCCAAAGGAGGCUUUGAUUUGAAGGGGUAAUUUGCAAGGUUUAUUCCCCUCCCUUUUUGACACAUGUGGGAUUGAGGGGGCCCUGGGGAGAGGACGAGAAGAUGAAGACACUCGUUUUCUCUCUCUUUUUCCCUUUCUCUCUCUCUUCACGGCUCAAGCUGAAGCACUCUUGCAUACAACAUCAGAACUGUCACAUGACGAUUCCUAAUGAUCAGCAGAAAUUGUUUCGACCCGUUUCCAAAAGAAGAACCAGCGAUCUAGAGAAUCAUUCUACUCAAUUAGACCACUCAAUUUCAGUAACCAGCAACCAGUUUCUGAUGUCCAGCACGACCUCCAGAUCAGUCUGAUGAAAAUUUUUUUUUUUUUUUUACAAAAAAAGGAUUGUGACCCAUACAGCAUGCGUGUGCCCGGCCGAGCCACCUCUCCUCUUUUAAUAAGACGGCCUCUGCUCAAAUUGCAAACAGGCAGUGAAAAAGAUUAGAAGAGGAGAGGCAGAGGAAUAGAGAGAGACGGGGGGCAGGGAGAGACAGAGAGAAGAAGAGCACGAGAGAGAGAGAGCUCAAGGAAUGUGGAACAGAGCUGUUGGCAUAAGGUGACGUGAAACGGCACCUUUCUAAGGACAAUCGUCAAUAAAAAAAAAAGAAGAAGAAAAAAAAGUAGAAUUCUGGUAAUUCUAGUUUUUAAAAAAAAUGCAAUUACUUUUAGCUGUCGAAGACUCCAUCCACCAUGGUUGCUUAGUGAUAUCAUGUAAGGCCAUCUGCUAUUAAAUCCUUUUCUGGACAGGUGCUUGCAGUUUAACUGAGCACAUCGCCACAAUGCAAGGGUUCAUUCCACCUGUUUUCUAAUGUGCUACAGGGUAUAUGGUCAUAAGUACUUACUAUACAGAAAAAAGUAAUGUUUAUAGAAUCUAUUUUAAAUAACAUGUAUGAUAUUAGUAGCUAGACUAUUCUUAAUUGUUGAAAUUGAUAAGGCACUUUUAUUUGCACCUUUCUUUAAUUUAAGACUUGUAUAUUUACCUAGUGAUGUGUUGCAUGUGCAAAAAGAAAUACAAGUGAAAACCACAGAGUCACAGAGGCUACACAUUGGAAGCUCCUACAGUGCUGAGUGAGAGUGUCAGGUUUCAGGCGGGUGCUGGGUAAAGGCUGACGGAAAGGCACCGAGAGUUGGAAUGCUGGUUUUUGAUCAGUGCUGUGUUUUAGCUUUUACCAACUACAAGAAGUGUUGACACAGUGGAAUCUAAUCCCAGAUCAGCAUGUCUACUUUCGGACAUUUUGAGUUUUUGGCCUUUGUUCUGCCCUGCAAUCACUGCCAGUACUCUUGUUCCAUCCACAAAACCACAUCUUAUUCUAAAGAGGGUUUUCUUGUCAGAACUCCCACCUGGUCUGUAAAUGGAUGAAAUGGUGGGCCUCGUUUAAAAUCAUGACUACCGUUCAUCUUACAGUGAUUAAUACGUACUUGACUGAAUGUUAAGCUUAAUUCUGUCAAGUUUACCAUCCAUAUAAGAAUAAAUAUAAAGUACAUUCUUUAAAAUGAACAAAAACUGUGUACGGAAGGCAGACACAGGAUUUAGACUGGGUUUAGCAGAAAUCUUUGGCCUGCGUCUCCCAGCACAAGUCCGGCACUAGCCAACGGUUCCAUCUAGUGGUGGAGAGCCCACAGCUUGUGCUUACAAAUGGUGCAGAACGCAGCCAAGUUUCCUGUUUAAUUCUGCUCUUAUCUGGUUUUGUGGAUGAGUAUGUAAGAGAUUUGCGUUUGUGUUUAGAGCUUUUUAAAAGCAGCCUCUCUAGAAAAGCCUUUGCCCAGCAGCAGCAAUAGCUUGGAGACAGUUAAGGAAUUAAAAAAGAGAGAGAGAAUGAAAUAUUCAAAGCCUUGUCUGGUAGUAAAAGUUCUAUUUUUGUAAUAUGUACAGUGCAUAAGCUGAUGAAAGAGGGAGAGGGAGAGAAAGAAAGUGAGAUUAUAGAGCACUUAUCCCUGCAAUAAUUAAGAUUCUUGUGUUUUUAAGUUUUGUUGGAAUACAAGACGGUGGUAGUAUUAGUGAUUUUUUUUUUUUCUGAAUACCUAGCUGUUGUGUGUUGAGUGAAUCUAAACCCUUUGAACGUGCCAUAGAGGUUUCUCCUACAUUAAAUAAGUCCACAAAAGAUUGUGUUGUUACAUUCCAGUUAAACUAUGAUGUGACUAUUAUAAUAUCUACAUUUGAUCCAGAAAUACCACUCUGUUAGUCAACAUUUAUCCAGUAUUUCUGCCAAACAGCAAGCUUUUCUAACUUUGUGACACCAAAUCAAUAUUUUGAUUUACUUUUUCUCCCCUCAUUUCUUCAUAGUGUUGUGUGUACAAAUCCGAUUUUCCUCAGGGAAGAGUUGUCCUUCUAACUCUGUUUGACACCAUUUUCAAUUCAUUCACAUAAGAUGUUGAAAAAAAAUAUAUUAGGUUUUUUUUUCUUUGAAAGAUUGUCACUGAGCAGAUUUCUUGGAAUUUCAUUCUAAACACAGUUACUAACAUUUUAGAUCCAGUUUUAUGGCUGUUCCUUGCACAUUGGUCUUGUCUUUCAUUACUUUCCUGUGCCUAUAUUUGAGUGUUCCACAUUUAUCCUAGCCCCAGCUAUGAUUUCCAGGGUCAACAUGGCUUAUUAGCACCAUAUAUUAUACACUAUAGCCAAUGAGAGAAUUACCAUGAAUUCCAUAUGUCAGUAGCCAUGUUUUAUUAUUCAGUGCAAUGUAUUUGAUUGGUGUUACUGCCCAGAUGAUUAAAAAACGCAUAGGAACAUUUGUCAAACUGUGAAUGACAAUCCAACUGGACUUUUUCUUCAAUAUUAUGAAUUGGCAGUGUAUGGAUUUCAAUAUGAAUGCUCAGGGAGAUUGUUUUAGUGAAAUUACUGGGGUAGACCCUGAUUUGUAGCAUAUGUUUGCAUGUUUGCCCUUGUCAAUGUUUAAUUUCAAUUGUUAUAAGCACUUAUCCUGGUCAGUGUGUCUAAGACCUGAAUAAGAGAUAUUACCAGUAAAGAUACAGCAAAGGAAAACAGAUUUCUUCACUCACUUUCAGUUUGUCCAUAAUCAUCACAGCCCUAUUCAUGUGUGUGUGUGUGCAUGUGUGUUUUUUCCAACUUCAAGCUCACAUUUGUUCUUCUUUCUAUAUGACUCACCUAAACAAUAUACGUACAGUAAGUGUACAUUAAGGUUGAUGUAACUUAAUUACAGGCCACUGUCUACUCCAGCAGAACAGGAUCCAAAAUCAUUUAAAAACAAACAAUGAACUACAAUGUCACUACAAUGUUUAUCUUUUUCUGGAUGAGGAUUGUUCUAAUUGUCACUCCUAUUGUAUGAAUCUAUGUGCCAAAUACCUCUUUUACUAUUUGCUCCACUAGCAGAUUCUGCCCACGAGCCAGGAAUUUGUAGUGCGUUUCUAAUACGGGUUUCUACAGGGUAGCCACUGCUGUGGAGUUCCCUCUGAACAAGCUUUGAUACACAGAAGACUGUUGUAGUUCUUCUUUCAGUCCACUUUAUCCAUAUUGAUCUGUCCUAAAGUCAUUUACAAUACCCAGUUGAGACGUGUAAUGAAGUCAAGUUCUACCACAGCAAACAUCAUUGUGUCGGUCUAGUUUGUAUUAGGUAUUAAAAGCAAUACUGGCUGUAAAGUAGAACUUUGGACAAAUUUAUUUUUUCAUUCAAAGUAAAGGUACUAAAUCAUCUCUGGAUGUGAGGUAUUAACAUGUUGAUGUACAGAUACCUACUCUUGUUGUUAAUGAAAGAUCCAUAAAUUGUUUCCAUGUGUAUUGUGGUUUGUAAAACAGCAUCAUUAAUCUGUGGUUUCUACCCUUUGUGUUGAUUUCUGUAAAAAAGCAAUACGAUGCAUCUGAACUUGUGUGUGUGUGUGUGUGUGUUUGUGUGUGUGUGUGUGUGAGUGCGUUUGAUUAAGUCAGACCCCAGACAAGGCUUUAAUACAGUAGAUAAGAAGCAGCAGGGUCAGCUGGUGAAGUAUAUGGUAUAUGGAUAUCUUAGUUUUCCCAGGUUUUGCACAGUUUUAGUAGCACCAAGCUUGAACCCAUCGAUGAGGCUGCACAAGCAUGACACAAUGCUCCUCACUAUUAAUUUCAUUCAUGACUACAUUAUGCAAAUCUGACAUCAAAGGGCCUAUGCAGUCACAAAUAGCAUGGAUGGAGUUUACACUGUACCAUCUUGUUAACUCUGUAAUCCUUAGCGAAGGCACUUAGACUGCCAAAGCCAUUUAACAAUAUUUGAAAGGUUCUGCGAAAAGGAAUUAAAGCAUGACAUCAUGCUUGUGAGGCCGUGUUGAUUUGAGGGUGGAAGUGUUACUGAGAUCUAAACCUUACCAAUCACUUUCAUUGCAUUUUUGAAAUUUGAGUUGUUUUUUUGUUUUUUUUCCCAGUUUUUUUUUCUCUCCCAAAAGCACAGCUGAUACAGUUAUUAAAAGUGAGAUAUGUUUUAGAAUAUAGAAGAAAAAGACAAAAAACAAACAAACAAAAAAACUUUAGCCAUAAUCGAAUGUCAAGCAAUAAUAUAUAUGGUAUAUUAUUAUUCAUCUUUGUGCAUAGGCUUUUUUGACAUCUGCAUGUAAAUACACUUCUUAUUUAUCACGUUUUAUUCCAUUUUAUUUGUUUCUCCCUCCCUCUCUCUCUCUCCUUCUCUCUCUCUCUUCCUCCAGUUUCCAUUUUUGUUGUGUAUAUUUGACUGGUUCUGUUCCCAGGUGGAGAACUAAGAACUUCAUAUGGCCUGUAAACUGUACAGCUUAAUUUCACUCUCUUUCUUGCUCCCUCACCUUUCUGCUUUUAAUUCACAAUAUUUAAUGUUAUUAUUGAUCACAUGUAUAAAGGUAACUUUGUAACUUCUGUCUGUAUAGGUAAGAAGAAAAUACUGCUAUUAAGACCUACUCAGUGCAAAUAUUUAUCUGUUUAUUGAAUACAUCAUGCUGUACAGUAUCUCUGUUUUUAGUAGACUUCUCUCUUUUAGACUUAGUUUGAUAGAGGUAGGGUGUGCUGACAUUUAAUUUUGUGUUAAACUGAUGUGUGGUGCUAGGUAAGUUACUUUUGUGAACAGAAAUUCUCGAUUCAUAGACUAGGCCACUCGAUUAGUCCGUUCAUUUCACUGAGUAUUGAUGCAUUAUUGAUAUUAGGACUUGAUAAAUAAUAAGGAUAAUGGUAAAGAUAACAAUAGUGGUAAAAUUACUUUAAAUACCCGGCAAGUACCUGUAUCAGUGUGCUAGUCUUGGGACGCGGCUCUUGUUUCCUUCUCACUUUAAGAAUAGAAGUAAAAUCAGUAUCAUAUAAUUUAGAUUGCAUUUCUGAUUUGUCGCCAUGAAGAAAAGAUUGUUCAAGCUAAAAAAAAAAAGACAGUAUUGUGUUGAUCUUUUUGAUUGUGAGAACCACUGGCUGGAGUUGUACUAUUCAAAUUUGCAAAUACGAUGCCUACCAGUAUACUUUUCUGAGUAUCCUAUGGUGUAAAGGACUAGUCUGGAUUAUUUAAUGCCUCAUUUUGGUUCCCCCAGUUUUUUAUUUAACCCACACGGCGGUAUGUGAAGCCUGGCUUCAUUCACAUUUAUUUUUCUGCACUAAAGUGUUUCAGCUCAUUGUCAUGAGGAAUUAGCACGCACACUGUGGUUACGUGUUAAAUGUACAAGAAAUUGAAAUUGCCAGUUGCAGGUUUGUUCUACUAGAACGUCUCAUUUUCUCUCUGUAGCAAUUAUGAAGACUGUACUUGCAAUAAUACACAACAAACUACACUGAGUGCCUCUCAGAGGUCCAGGAUGCAGAAAUGAUUUAGCUGUUGCUCUUGUUUUCACCAUUCAGCCAUGUACUCAGAUGAUAAUGUAUUUGCACAUGUAGGUGACUUCUAUCUUGUGUUUUCAAUUUUAUUUUUCAUGCAGUGUCUUUUUAUGUAACUGAUAUUUUCCCUGUUCUCUUCUGUGACUGUGUAAACAUUUUCCUGCCUCUUGUAGUGUCCUGUAUGUUUCAUUUGACAAACUUUCCUGGCGAUGCGCAGUCUGCGUUCUUCCCCCACCCCUUCCUCUUCUGCUGAAUAGCUGACAUUUUUGUAAUGAUGACAUACAUUCUGGUUUAAUCAGUCACAGACUGAUUUUAAUCAUGAAUGAUGAAGUGUUUUAUUGCAGAUCCAGGUUUGGGUAUUUGUAAAGAGAAAAAAAGGAUGGAUAAUAGACAAUCCGCUCUGUUUCCCCUUGUUUUAUGAUGGUUCCGAUUUCUGUUCGUUAUUACAAGCAAAUGACUAAUGCAUUGUAUUUUAAGUAUUCAUAUGUGUAUGUAAAAUAUGCAUAAUACACAUUUGGAUUUCUUUCCUGUUGUCUGUUAAAUGUGAGCUCCAGGGGAGGGUGCUGGGGGUCGGGGUGGGUUUUCCUCAACACAUUGGCAGCAUUAAACUGGGGCGGGGAGGGCAAUGCAGAGGCCGGUUUGUGGUUGUCACAAAUUUUUACGUCACACGUUUGCUACUGAUCUUAAAAUGGGGACAGAUGAUCAUGUACCUUUUUAUCCAGCUCUUUUGAACUCUUUAGGAGGUAGUAUCUUCACAAUAGUAGUUUUGCUCCUUCUCUUCGUCUGAUUCUUAAAUAUGGAAAUAAGUAUUUUGAUUCAUUUUGUAAAUACAGCUGUAAAGAAAAAUAAGAAAUUUAAUGUUGUCUUUUAAAUACUUUUCAUUCUAAUAUGAAUGUUGUUAUAUUGUACUUAGAAACUGUACCUUUAAUAUUACCUUUAUUAAAAGUGCAUUGGACACAUCGAUUUUAGAUGUGCUUUAUGUGCUGUUAUCCCAUAAUAAAAUUUACCGCUUGUAAUGG